UUUCUAAUUUACUUGUUAACGCUGAUUUUAAUUUACUCCCUUGAUGAGGCAAGUUCUUUAUUGUUCAGGUUACUAAACACAUGAACCAUCUGCUAAAAGCACCAUUCUGUGUUCAUCCCAAAACAGGUCGUAUCUGUGUCCCAAUAGACCCUGAACACUGUGAUGAGUUUGAUCCUACUACUGUGCCAACUGUUGCCCAGCUCCUAGAAGAACUUAAUGCAGCAGACAUGGAAGUAGAUAGUGAGACUGACUGGGAUAGAACCUCACUUGGCGAAUCAAUUAGGUUUUUCAGAUCAGCAUUCUUACAGCCAUUACUAAAAUCAUGCAAGGAAGGAAGUUGCAUUACGUCAGAGAGAGGUAUUUACAACAUCAAAUACGUAACAUCAAAUACGUAA